AUGCCUAUGGCCCGUAGCCUCCGCUCCCGUGGCACCAUGAAUGAGAACGACGAGAAUGGGCCUUCGACGCGUGUGACGCGGGCCAAGUCCGCGCUCAACACCGACGGCCCUGCCGAUGCCGUCAAGAAGCCUCUGCAGACCAAGCGUGCUCCGACCACGGGUUCUCAGCGUCCCCGUGCCGCUCUCGGCGACGUCAGCAAUGUCAACAAGGCCGAUGCCGCGGAGAUUAAGGGUGCGAAGAAGGCUGUGGCUGGCAAGGCUGGUCUGACCUCGAAGGCGACCCGCCAGGCUGGGGGUGUUCAGAAGCUCAGCCACACCAACUCAUCACGGACUACUGCUUUGGGGCCUCGUGAUCCUAACGCCAAGAAGCCCCCCAACAAGCGCUCCUCGAACUCGAAGGGGGACAAUGGGGAGCAGCAGGAGCCUCCUCGCAAGAAGGAGAAGGUCGAGCCCGAGGUCCUGACAAAGGGGAAGAUCAUUGAAGUCGCUGGGCCGGAUGUCGGCUUGGGUCCCGACGUGCAGGACCUGGAUACCGAGGAUUUGGACGACCCCUUGAUGGCUGCCGAAUAUGUGGUGGAGAUCUUCGAUUACCUGCACGAGCUGGAGAUGGUUACACUUCCCAACCCUCAAUACAUCGAGCACCAACCCGACUUGGAGUGGAAGAUGCGUGGCAUCCUGGUCGACUGGUUGAUCGAGGUCCACACCCGAUUCCGCCUGCUCCCCGAGACUCUGUUCCUUGCCGUCAACAUCAUUGAUCGUUUCCUAUCCGCCGAGGUUGUCGCUCUGGACCGUCUUCAGCUCGUUGGCGUCACUGCCAUGUUCAUUGCCUCCAAGUACGAGGAGGUCCUUUCCCCCCACGUUGCCAAUUUCAGCCACGUCGCCGACGAGACAUUCUCCGACAAGGAGAUCCUCGAUGCCGAACGCCACGUCCUCGCCACCCUCGAAUACAACAUGAGCUUCCCCAACCCUAUGAACUUCCUGCGUCGCAUCUCCAAGGCGGAUAACUACGACAUCCAGACCCGUACCCUGGGCAAGUAUCUCAUGGAGAUUAGCCUGCUUGACCAUCGGUUUAUGAGCUACCCUCAAAGUCACAUUGCUGCCGCCGCCAUGUAUCUGGCGCGCCUCAUCCUGGAGCGUGGGCCCUGGGACGCCACUCUUGCCCAUUAUGCCGGAUACACCGAGAAGGAGAUCGACCCGGUCUUCCGCUUGAUGAUUGACUAUCUCCACCGCCCCGUCUCCCACGAAGCUUUCUUCAAGAAGUAUGCCAGCAAGAAGUUCUUGAAGGCUUCCAUCUUGACCCGCCAGUGGGCCAAGAAGUAUCAUCACAUGUACAUCGACAGCUCCCUUUCCGAGCCGUACACUUACAUCAAGGACAGCGAACAGUAA